AUGGUUAACUCCACCAAUCACGAGCCGUGUCCCGUCCUCUCGACCAAUCAGGUGCCCUGCAGCAGAGCAGACGUGUUCUCCAGUCGCCAGCUGUCCGUCGUGGAGAAGAGGAAGUUGAUGCGUUUCCUCACUUCCUGUGUGGAGGAGACGGAGGAGCAGCAAGCCUACAACGGGCGGCCAUAUUGGGAGUUCCUGAAUGAUCAACAGCUCGGGGACAACCUGCAGCACUUCCUGCUUCACUCCAUUGCCAUGGUAACCGAAGACACGCCCACAGAGGAGGGCCUUGCCGCCACGCGUCACUUCCUGCGCUGCCUGGGUCGCUACGGCAACACACCCUUCCUGUUUCCUGUUUAUGGCCUCGGAGAGAUCCCCCAGUGUUUCUGUAGGUAA